CGCUAAGCAAGGAAGCUAUUAUCACUCUCUAGCUUCCAUUGGAGCUUUGGGCUGACUAUCAUGGCAGAUUCGUUACAGCUUCAGUCGUGAACCUUGCCUCGCCUCAAUAUUAAACAAGCUGUAUCCGGCAAGGUAAACAUACUAGUUUACAUAAGAUUUAACUUGACCACCAAAACUUCUAAAGUGAAAGAUGGGGUUAAUUUCCUUGCCAACUGUACUUUUGCUGCUUGUGAUUUGGUUGGUAUUAAGGUUUGUCAGAUACCUGAUGACCGAAUCCUCUCCCAACCCAUUUCAAGAAGUUGUCAAGGUCAAGCCUAGGCCUAAAGUAUUAGAUCAGAAGAAGAGAGAUGCUGUCCUCAAACAAGGAUUCUUAGAAGUUCGUGUCCCAAAGGAUCUGGAUGCCAUAGUCAUUGGCAGUGGGAUUGGUGGGCUGUCCACUGCUGCUGUCCUUGCCAAGGCUGGGAAGAAGGUGUUGGUUUUGGAGCAACAUGAUCAGGCUGGUGGAUGCUGUCACACAUACAUAGAGAAAGGGUAUGAGUUUGAUGUUGGUAUUCACUACAUAGGAGAGAUGAAUUACCAGUCCCUUUCCAAGACUUAUGUGGACCAAAUCACAAAUGGCCAGCUGGAGUGGGAACCAAUGAGUGAUAUAUAUGACCAAGUGAUUUUUGCUGAGAAGGAUCAAGAACCCCGCAGGUAUGAUGUAAUGAGUGGUGAUGGGAAAUGGAAGGAAUACCUCAAAGGAAAGUUCCCAGAAGAAAAAGACAACAUCGAGAGAUUCUUCCAAUUAGUACAUGAAGUUCAUUCUGGAAAUCAUAACGCAAUGAUAGUGAAAUUCAUACCUCUGUGGGCUGCAUGGCUGCUUGAAGUGACAGGACUCAUCAACUACUUCACAAGUUUCUACAAAUGGAAUAAAAAGACUUGCAAGGAAGUUGUGGCGGAGAUAACCAAGAACCAGGAGCUGCGUGACAUAUUCUGUUACUGCUUUGGAGACUAUGGUACACCACCAAGCAAGGCAGGCUUCCCCAUGCAAACUCUGCUCAUCUCACACUUCAGUAAAGGAGCAGCAUAUCCAGUGGGUGGUGCCUCUGAGAUUGCCUUCCACAUCAUUCCUGUGAUUGAGGCAGCUGGAGGGAAGGUGCUUGUUCGUGCUGAGGUUAGCAAAAUCAUAACAGAUUCAUCUGGUCAGGCCUGUGGUGUUGAGGUUAAGAAAGGCAAAGAGGUGGUGCAAGUGGCAGCUCCCAUCAUUAUCUCUGAUGCUGGCCUCUACAACACCUUGGAACACCUCCUGCCUAGAGAUAUUGCUGCUAGCUCACGCCUAUGGGAGAUGACGCAGACUGCUGAGCAUGGCCCUGGUUGUCUCUCAGUGUUUGUAGGUCUAGACUGUGAUGAAGAAAAGGUAGAGAUUUUACAGCGAGGCAAUGCAUGGGUGUACACUGGCAAUGAUAUAGACAAGCUUACUUUGGACUAUUUGAAAAUGAGUCGGGAAGAGGGAUUGGAUGUUGACAUUCCUCUUCUCUUUGUUUCCUUCCCAUCCACCAAAGAUCCUGAAUGGAAAAAGAAGUACCCAGGAAAGACAACAAUGGCCAUUGUGACAUUGAUGCCUUAUGACUGGGUUUCUGAAUGGAACAACAACCGUGUGAAGAAACGAGGAGAUGAGUACGAGUCCAUUAAGAACACUUUUGGUCACAAGGCUGUUGAACAAGCUUGUCGACUGUUUCCAUCUAUCAGGAACCACAUUGACUAUGUGAGUGUGGGGACGCCAGUUUCCAAUAACUACUACCUUGGGGCACCACGUGGGGAGAUCUAUGGCCUGGACCACACCCGAGAGAGGUUCUCUUUGUGGAAUAAUGCCAUCCUCAGGGCUAAGACAGAUAUUCCAGGGCUGUUCCUGACAGGACAAGAUGUAUGCUCAUGUGGAUUUUCUGGAGCUUUGUACGGUGGACUCUUCAGUGCCUGGGCUGUUCUGGACCGUAAUGUGAUGACCGACCUCAUCAAAAUUCACAAGGCUACCAAGAAGGAACAAUGAAAGGUCCUGAAAAGAUAAAACAUUUCAUUUAACUGAAAUCAGAACAGAAUCUAAAUAAGGAUGUAUUAAUUGAAAUUAAACAAAAAAAUGUUCAAGCUGUUGUUCAAGCUGUGAUGUGUGGAUUCUGUUCAAGGACUAUAAUCCAUUUGUUUUCCCUAUUAAGAACUGUUUAAUUUAUAACUGGUUAAUAAAAAAAUAUUCUCUUAUCUUCACAGGAGGUCCUUGCAAGUCACAUCUUUUGAUGAGGCUGGUAAAAUGUUCUUAUAUUUAAUUUUUAUAAUGUUGCUGAUGACAAAAAUGGCAUGUUUAAAUUACAGGAAGGCUUCAAAUAUAUUAUGAGCUUGUAACAGAAUCUAGAUAUGAUUUACUUUUCACUGUAUCAAGUUGUUGAGUGAAAUGUCUAUAUAUUCUUACAAAGCAGAAUCACUUUAUAAAUCCAUGUGAAUUGCUGAUGUUUACAAAGUGCCAGAAAUAAAACUAUGGAACAAUAUGAGGCUGAGCCAAUGCAUUUUGGUAUUUAAGAGAUAAUG